AUGGCAAACAAGGGGAACAAGAAGCGUCGGCAGUUCUCCCUGGAGGAGAAAAUGAAGGUGGUGGAAGCUGUAGACUCAGGAAAGAGGAAAGGUGAUGUGGCAAAAGAAUUCGGUAUCACCCCUUCUACCUUGUCUACAUUUUUAAAGGAUCGCACCAAAUUUGAAGAGAAGGUACGGGAGGCAUCUGUAGGACCCCAGCGGAAAAGGAUGAGGAACGCUCUCUAUGAUGACAUUGAUAAAGCUGUUUUUGCUUGGUUUCAAGAAAUCCAUGCCAAAAACAUUCUUGUGACUGGGUCUGUCAUUCGGAAAAAAGCACUAAACUUGGCCAACAUGCUUGGCUAUGACAAUUUUCAAGCAAGUGUGGGUUGGCUGAACAGAUUUAGGGAUCGCCACGGAAUUGCUUUGAAAGCAGUCUGUAGAGAGGAUAGUGACAGAUUAAUGAAUGGUCUAGGAAUAGAUAAGGUUAACGAGUGGCAUGCAGGGGAAAUUAUAAAACUGAUUGCUGACUACAGCCCAGAUGAUAUCUUUAAUGCUGACGAGACAGGAGUGUUUUUCCAGCUGCUUCCCCAGCACACGCUUGCUGCUAAAGGAGACCAUUGUAGAGGUGGCAAGAAAGCAAAGCAGCGGUUGACAGCACUCUUUUGUUGCAAUGCUUCAGGGACUGAAAAAAUGAGACCGUUGAUUGUUGGUAGGUCAGCCAACCCACACUGUCUCAAGAACGUCCGUUCCCUCCCUUGUGAUUACCGAGCCAACCAGUGGGCAUGGAUGACGCAGGAUCUGUUUAAUGAGUGGCUGAUGCAAGUGGAUGCCAGGAUGAAGCGGGCGGAACGCCGCAUCCUCCUGCUGAUCGACAACUGCUCCGCUCACAACAUGCUGCCACGCUUGGAAAGGAUCCAAGUGGGGUACCUACCCUCUAACUGUACUGCCGUCCCGCAGCCCCUGAAUCUCGGCAUAAUUCACACCAUGAAAGUGCGGUACCGAAGCUACCUCCUGACCCAGCUCCUCCUCAAGCUCCACAGCAGUGAGGACCAAGGAAAAGUGGACAUCGGGCGGGCCAUCGACAUGAUUGCGGCAGCAUGGUGGUCAGUCAAGCAGUCCACAGUGGUGAGAUGCUGGCAGAAGGCAGGCAUCAUCCCCACGGAACUGACAGAUUGUGACACAGAAGCAGCAGCCAGUGAACCAGAGGUAGCCAUUGAAAAGUUAUGGCACUCUGUGGCUCUUGCCACCUGUGUCCCCAACGAAAUACAUUUCCAGGACUUUGUCACUGCCGAUGAUGAUCUCAUCAUCGCUCCAGAGCUGAUAGACACAGAGAUCAUCCAGGGCAUGGAGGAUGCUGAAAAUAGAGAUGAAGCUGGAAGUGAAGAGGAGGGGGAGGUAUCUUUACCACUGCAGCCAAAAAUCACCAUCACGGAGGCCAUCUCAAAUGUACAGAAACUUAGACAGUUCCUUUCCACUUGUGUAGGUGUUCCUGACACCGUUUUUGGACAGCUAAAUGGAAUAGAUGAAUAUUUAAUGAGGAAAGUGACACAAACUCUUGUUGACUCCAAAAUUACAGAUCUCCUCCAAACAAAAUAA